AUUUCAGGUUCAAACAUUGUGAAUGUGUAUGUUUCUCUUCAUGGAAAAGACGCUAAAACUUGUGGCACCACAAGUCUCCCUUGUCGGUCCAUUGCUCAAGCGGUUUAUCGCGUGGCCCAUGGCGGGAACAUCUAUCUGGACGGACGUGGGACCAAGAAACGCCCCUAUGGCUGCAGAAACGGUCGCAAUAUUUUGAUAGAUCGCCCAGGUGUUUACGUGAACAAGACCUUGACUCUGAGGGGACUCUACUCCACCCCACACGUUUUAUGUACUGAUGGAUUUUAUUUUCAGAAGACAAAUGGCGAACAGCUGACAUUUGCUUUGGUGUUGUCAGGAAUCGAUUUUCAACAAACUCCGCUAAAGUGUAAUGACUGCCAGCGCAUCACAAUCCACAACUGUUCGUUUCAUAAUUCUUCAAGAGCCUUGGCCAUCAAAAUACAGAACGUUACAUCUUUUCAGCUUGACUUAAAAGGCAAUUCAAGGUUCCGAAAUAAUUCACAAUGCAUCAACGUCCUUUUACUCAAUAAUACUAAAGGAAAAAGUCAAGACGUUACACUUAAUAUAAAAGAUGCAAUGUUUGAAAGAAAUGGUCUAUACUGGCACGGUACUAGCAGAGAGGUCAUAAUGAUCAGAUCCGUCGCAAAAAAUGGUUCUUCUCCAGUAUAUAUUCACAUAUUUUUCUGCAGAGUUAAAAGUUCUUACAAUGAAGGCCCAUUCCUACAUCUUGACGUUUCAAAUGCGAUUACAAACGAAACCUUCGUAGAUGUAGACCUACAUCACCAUGGAAAACGUCGCGGAAAACGAAAUCGAAGUUUAUAUUUCUCACAUGCCAGAGAAACAAAAGCAAAGUUCAUCUCCUUGACAUGCCAUAACAACCCAAAUAAGCAAUGCUUAGUAGUUCAGUCAGACUGGGCAAGUAUAGUUAUUCAAGGCUCGACUUUUUACAACCAAUCUGUCGAUUCCAAAAAGUCAGGUUCUUGCUUGUCUCUAGCGGCUAAUAUUAAUGCAUCUUUAAGAAUCGUGAACUCUAACUUCCAUAACAAUGAAGCUGGCGCCGGCGGAUCGAUUUUUGCCAAUAGCAGACAUGGAGUUCUAAAAGUCUUUCUUAUCAAUGUAACAUUCAGUAAAUGCAAAGCUGCCAGUUAUGGAUGCGUGAUAUCCAUUGGAAGAACCGCUCAAGACCCGCCAGAAAGACAUUGGGGUCCCCACCGGUUAUAUUUUACUCUCAGGAAUGUAACUGUUCAACAAUGGGAGGGAUAUCAUGGAAACAAAACACCAAGGUGUAUGGCUGUAGACGUUCUGCUCAAUGGCGGAAUUGUGAUAUUCGAGGGAUCCACGUUUACGAAGAAAAUGUUAUCAAGAGGCGAUGGAGCUUUCAAGCUGGUUACCACUGUAGAUGAGAGUAACAUUACAAUUUCAAACUGCAUUUUCAAGGACACUUCUAUGGACGCAACUAGAGGAACGAUUGUCUACAUAGCCUCCGGAAACGGAAACGCAGGGAUGGUUACAAUUUCGAACAGUUUCAUGGAAAACAAAAACAACAGAAAAAUAGCUUUGUCCAUAAGUCCCAAAUACCACAUUAAACUAUUCAACAUGACAUUCAAGUCUCUUAAAUACGGAUUACAAACAGUAUCAGCUCCGCCAAAAAACGAUUCUUUUCCAAUAGAUAUUUUCAUUGAUAACUGCUCCUUUAUCGACAAUACACAUGAUGCCAUGUUUACACUUCUUAGUCCAACAUCAGUCCAACUAACCAUUAAAAACACGCUAUUUAGCACCAGAAACGAAAUAGUAAAACGGGACCAAAAUGAAUACGGCUAUGCUAUCAGCCUCUUCAUUCCACCACUUCGAAGUAUUAACUCUUCAAAGGCAGUGAUCCAACUUGACAAUAACGAAUUCUACCACAGAUCGGCCAGCUUUUUUACUCUGUUAUUCGAAGGCUUCAAAAACGUGACAGUUAAACACUCUUCCUUUCGUAAUUGUCGUGCCAGUGCCUAUAAACCCGAAUGGGAUCAAGGUGAAACUGGUUUAAUUUACGAACCAACCGCCGGCGCAAUCUCUAUCCUAUUCAAUCCAGACAAACCGUUCAGUCUGGGAUGUGUGAAAUCCAAAAGCGCUAAUGACACACACUCUUCAUGGAACUAUAGUAGCCAUGUGCUCUUUGAAAAUACAAAGUUUGAAGAGAACUUAGGAAUUGAAGUUGGGGCUGUACAUAUCAGCAAUGGCUUCACGAAAUUCCGAAGAUGUGUGUUUGUCAACAACUUUGGCAUUCAUAGAAGUGGACACGUUCAUUCUGCAUAUGGAACUGGCCGCGUAAAAUUCGAACAUUGUUCUUUUUUGAAGACAAUGAAAAUUGCAACAAUUUCAGACGGCUCACAAUUUGAUAAAGGUGUCUUCAUUUACUCUGAAAGUGGAGGUCCCUUGAUAUUUAAAAACACAUCAAUGACCUCACUAAGAUUUAACAGGAGCUCUUAUCCGAUUGUCGACAUUUCUAGUGGGGGCUUUGUUCACAUGGAUGAAAAGUCCAGUAUGAAAUGUAAUGAAGGAGAGGCUCUUAUAUUAGAAAAUGGCACCCAUUUCCAAUACGCAGAGAAAAACAAGAGCAUUUGUGUAUUGAAUGUUACCGUUCUGAAAUAUUCGUGCAAACCCUGCCAUCCGGGCUACUACAGCCUUCAGAAGGGGGUCUCCAAAGGCUUAUUGAUAACCUCCAAGGCUGAGUGUCAUCCAUGCCCAUUUGGAGCCACUUGCAUUGAAAGUAACAUUGAUGCGAAACCCAACUUCUGGGGUUAUGUAGCACCUGGCAAUCCAUCGAUGCUGAAAUUAAUUGUUUGUCCUGAAAAUUAUUGUUCAUUGACUUCGUCACUAGACUACAGCAGCUGCCAAGGAAACAGAAACGGCACGCUCUGUGGACGGUGUGCUGAUGGGUUCAGUGAGACUCUUUUAUCAACUAAAUGCCGCAAGUCUACCGAAUGCAACGACUAUUCUGUGUGGUUUGUGAACAUAUUUCUAACAAUCAUUCUGGCUUUCUAUCUUUUGACCAAGCCCCCGAUCCUGCGCACCCUAGAAAAACAAAUCCUAUGGUUCAAGAAAUCAGAUGAAGAUAAUCCGGGAGAUGGAUCUGACUUCAAUGGUGGUGGUGAACAUUCCGAGAAUGGCUUCUUAAAAAUUACGUUUUAUUUUUAUCAAGCGGCUGAGACUUUGAUGGUAGGUUCUGUUGAAGAACUUAUUGGAAAAGUUCCUUUUAUUCACUUUGUCAUCUCUGUCUACAACUUCCAUGUUCAAUCCAUCAAUCAAGGACUUGGCUGUCCAUUUGCAGGACUCACUGCUGUAACAAAAGAGCUCUUUCUUUCUGGUACAGUGUUUUUAACAAUGGCUAACCUUGUUCUCAUCUAUGUUGUUCAUCAUGUCGUCAAUAUCUUUAUGGGAAAAGGAAAGCCGUCCCUUAUCCGCUAUAUGGCCGUUGUCAUGGAAGUGUUGUUGCUUGGAUACGAAAGGCUUGCAGAAACAGCCCUUAAGCUAACGCACUGUGUCCCCAUCGGAUCUGGAAAGUGGUUAUUCAUCGAUGCUAAUGUUCCAUGCAUGCAAUGGUGGCAAUAUCUUCUUUUUGCGUAUAUUGUCAUCUUCCUUGUUCCUUUCAUCGUCGUUCUUUAUUGGGGAUCUUUCAAGCUGUACAGAUCUUCCAUUACAGCAGGAGAGUUUGUUGCCGCUAGCAUGAUUCCACUACCAUUUCUUAUAUACUGGAUUGUCAAGAGGAAGCUGAAAAGGAGAGAGCAAGAGUCUUCUGACCGGCAGAUCAUCAACACAGAUGUUUCGCUCAUACUGCAUGGUCCUUUUCGUCCGCCAACCGAUAUUGAAAACGGAACCCUUUACUGGGAGAGCGUUUUGAUUGGUCGAAGAUUAGUUCUCCUCGCUUGUGGGGCGUUCGUCAAAGAUGUCAUGAUGCGCAUGAUCUUCCUUUCUGCUGCAUGCUUACUGAUAACCCUCCAUCAUGUUAUGAAGAAUCCUUAUCGACAUCCCAUGGCGAAUAAUGCUGAAACAUUAUCUCUUGUAACUUUAUCUCUCAUUGCUAUCAUUAACCUGGCCAAAGCAACUACAUUAUCAUUUGGUAUCACGACUGACGGACCGAGCGGGGCUUAUCUGAAAGGUCUGGAGUGGUUUGAGGUGUCCGCCUUGACAUUUCUCCCAGUGUUAAUAUCCAUUUUAAUCAUAUUCGCCAUUUUUUCUCAGCUUGUGAGGUUUGCUUCUCUUCUGAUUAAGAAAUGUUUGAAGUGUUGCGGGAAGAUAUCUUUCUAUCCACGGUACGAGGACCAAGAGCAAAGACCUCUCUUGGCUACUGCGGGACAGAACUUUGAUUAA